AAGUCGUCUCGAUUCUGCCUCUUUCUUCGCUUCCAUCCCCCUUGUAGAAUUCUUAUCGCCCUCGGAAGAGAAGAAGCGAAAGGGGGGGGCUUUUGGAUUCUCGAUUCCGUUGCAAGAGGAAGAACUAGCAGUGAGAUGGAUCAGAUACUGAACAAGGUUGGAUCGUAUUGGAUCAACAAGCGAGCCGACAAGGAGAUCUCCUCCGUCGGUGACGACAUCAACUCACUCUCUAGCAGCAUUGAAGGGGGAGCAAAAUGGUUGGUCAAUAAGCUCAAAGGAAAGAUGCAGAAAUCAUUGCCUGAACUGCUGAGGGAAUACGAUAUGCCGAUAGGCCUGUUUCCUCAGGAUGCAACUCACUACGAGUUCAACGAAGAGACAGGGAAGCUCACUGUAUACAUACCCUCCGUAUGCGAGGUUGGCUACAGGGAUUCUUCGGUCUUGCGCUUUUUAACCAUCGUGACCGGUUAUCUAGAGAAAGGAAAGCUGGUCGAGAUCGAAGGGAUCAAAACAAAAGUGCUGAUUUGGGCAAAAGUGAAUUCCAUCACCACCGAGGGAUCCAAAAUCCACUUCACCACCGGCGUGAAGAAGACCAGGAGCCGCGAUGCAUAUGAGGUGCUUAGAGGUGGUAUCACCGUGGACAAGUUUUAGGCUGCUAUGAGAUGGUUUACUAGUGUGCGUAGUGCAUAAGCUACCGUGUUAUUGAUGUGGGACUCUUUGAACCUUGUCAAUCCUCCUAUCUCAAUAAUUAUAUCAUCGUGGAAUUGUGGUGACA